AGCCCAAUAGCUUCUGGAAAUUUGAGCUCAACUCCAUUUAUUUAUAUGGAAGCUGCUUUAUUUAUAUUAGUGUGAAAAAACCAAAGAAAAAUAGAAAAACUCCAUUUAUCACUAUCACCCAACCAAAUGCUGCUCUUUACAUUCCCUCCACAAACUCCAUUCCCAACUACCCUUUCCAAUUACACUUUUGCCCCUCUCUUCCCACCCAAUUACAUCAAACCCCAGCCUCACUCUCCCUGCUCCUGCCGCGCCACCGCCAACACCUCCGCUCAGCGCCCCCUCUUCCUCGCCGCCACCGCCUCCACCUCCCUCCGACAAGUCAGCUUCACUUCCGACGACGACGACGACGAGAAAUCGCAGGAUGAGGACUCGAUGGUGCCAUCUGCAGCUGCCCUGGCAGCGGCCAUACGCGCCGCGUCCACUUCUCCGGUGGAGUUCGUCCAGAGGAUAGAGAAAGGAGGCAGCCGCGGCGCCGCCGCUGAGAAUAAGGCUUUGGUGCUGCCGAGUCAGGAUUUUCAGCGGCUUUGUCUCGAGCAGCUCGAUCUCUUCCGCCGCAUCGUUGACCGCGAUGCUCUUCUCUCGGUCUAUGUCAGACCGGCUGGUAGUUAUGUCAUGGAUCGAUUGGAGUUGCGUCGUGUGACUUCUUAUCCUGGUGUACAUGCGGCUGAUAUUGUUGUUUUAGUUGGUAACUUUAGUAUGCCAGCUGGACUAAGAGUUGCAGAAGCGGCGAUUUCAAGUCAACAGGCAGAAGUUUUUCCCGAGCUUGGUGCUGUAGUUUUCCCCAUGGUAACACAUCCAUUUGUUGUGGGCUUCUUAGUUGCUGAGCUUCCAAAGGUGGGUCUAGAGAGAGAAUGGCGUGACGCAGAAGAGCGUCCGUUUACUGGAAAAUCUUUUUCCUUGCCCCAAAGCAUGGAUCCACAAUCACUGGAUGUACAAACUUUCGAGGAUCACUCGGUCGACAUGCCAAAGUUUUCCACCGAACAGAAAUUAAAUGCCAUAAAUAUCACCCGUUCACUAGCCAUGGCUUAUGUCAUGGAUCAGAAAGCAAUGCUACUGCAGCAAUCAUCAUGGCAAAAUAACGUUAGGAUGAAUAAUUUGGUUGAGCAAAUUCGAGGCCCUCUUUCCAGCAUUCAAACAUUGAGCAGAAUGUUAUCUCUUCACUUGAAGAGAAGUGAGAUAUCCUACGAUAUUGUUGAAGACAUUCUUGUGCAGGGUGAUCAUAUGAGAGAUACUCUUCAGCAGCUACAAGAUGCUGUCUACUUGACAAAGGCUAAUAUAAUGCGUUAUAACAAUGAAUCGUUAAAGAACACGCAACAGCCGUCGAAAGCAAAGCCGGAAAUGAGUUCUCAAUUAUCUAGUAGCCACCUAUCCAUGGAAACUUCGAUCACUAAGAUGCAAGAAUCUGGUCAAUUGUCCAUUAGUUCAACUUUCAAGGAUUCAGAGUUUCCCAUGCCGCCUCUUGCUCUUGCUCCUUCACAGGAACAGGAAAUUAGAAGACCAUGCACAAUUUCCGACGUACUGCAAGAUUUGGUUGGAGCGAUAAAACCUCUUGCGCAUAAGCAACAACGAGUUGUGGAACUAUGUGAUCUUUCAAGUUCCUUAAAGGUUGCGGUUGAAGAACCCGCUUUACGUCAAGCUCUGAGCAAUUUAAUAGAGGGUGCUUUGUUACGAACAGAAGUCGGAGGAAGAAUCGAAAUUGUCUCCACUGGAGCUCCGGCAGGUGGGGCUCUCGUCAUCAUUGAUGAUGAUGGGCCUGACAUGCACUAUAUGACGCAAAUGCAUGCACUUACACCAUUUGGGACAGAUCUAUCUGGCGAAGGUAGGAUAGAAGACAACAUGACCUGGAACUUCAUUGCAGGUUUGACUGUUGCUCGAGAGAUACUGGAGAAUUACGGGUGUGUUGUUCGCGUUAUAUCUCCAAGAAACACAGAUGGAGUCUUCGGAGUUGGUGGGACCCGUCUAGAGAUUUGGCUUCCGUCUUUCUCGUCUACUACAUCAUCAUCCUCAGAUACACAGAACUGUGCCUGAAAAGCCACGACAACUCUCUUCAGCUGUAAUGAUUCUCAACCAUACUCGUUAAAUUCAAAUGGUUAAAUCCGUGAUAUCAUAUAGUCUCGUAGCUUUCGAGUUUUAGAAAUUUUAUAUUUUUGGCUUGCAUGUUUUUUCUGUACAUAAUAAUAAUAAUCACACACCAUUCCCUCAUUAGCUAUGGCCGACGAAAUGCUUUUAAACAUUUGCGAGCAUUGGCUCCAUAGGUAUGCUACAGUAGGUGGAAUGUGUAUCAUGUUAAAGUUUCACUUCAUCGACACAAUUACUCGGGAUGUAAUGUAUUCGAUGUAGAAGAAGUUUGUGCUACAAACAUUCCGAGUGCGGAUUGACAACAAUGGAUAUAAUAAUUUGUAAGUUUGGAUCGG